GGGUGUCCCUGGCUCGUCUCGGGCAGAGGGCCUCUCUCUUUGUGAGCCAAUCCAAGGCCAUCAUGCCAGCCUCUCAAAGCAGGUCCCGGGCACGGGACCGAAAUAAUGUUCUAAACAGGGCUGAGUUCUUGUCACUGAACCAGCCUUUAAAGGGGGCUCAGGAGAAUAGGAGCUCAAGCAGGAAGACAACAGGCCCGUCUGUGCAGGCCCCGCCACCGAAUGAGGGGUCCAAGGAGCGGAGGCAGUCCCAGCAGCUGCCCGAAGAAGACUGCAUGCAGCUAAACCCAUCCUUCAAGGGAAUCGCAUUCAACUCCUUGCUGGCCAUUGACAUCUGUAUGUCCAAGAGGCUGGGGGUCUGUGCCAACCGAGCUGCCUCCUGGGGCAGUGCUCGCUCUAUGGUCAAACUCAUUGGGAUCACAGGGCAUGGGAUCCCUUGGAUUGGGGGCACCAUUAUCUGCCUGGUGAAGAGCAGCACUCUUGCAGGGCAAGAGGUCCUAAUGAAUCUGUUGCUAGCUCUUCUUUUGGACAUCAUGACUGUGGCUGGAGUGCAGAAGCUUAUCAAACGACGAGGCCCUUAUGACAUGAGCCCAGGCCUCCUGGACUACCUCACCAUGGACAUUUAUGCCUUCCCAGCUGGCCAUGCCAGUCGAGCCGCCAUGAUAUCCAAGUUCUUCCUCAACCACCUUGUGCUAGCUGUCCCCUUAAGGAUCCUUUUGGUGCUCUGGGCCUUUUGUGUAGGCUUGUCAAGGGUUAUGAUUGGGCGGCACCACAUCACUGAUGUGGUCUCUGGUUUUGUUAUUGGCUACUUUCAAUUCAAACUGGUGGAGCUGGUCUGGAUGUCCUCCAACACCUGCCAGAUGUUGAUAUCCAUCUGGUGAAUAGCACUGUCAAAGCUUGACCUUUUCAAGAGAGGGGAGGAGAAUAGAAAAAAAAAAAAACCUUUUAAUGGAAAGAAGUUGGAGCCAUUCCCUCUUGAAUAUGUUAUUAGACUCCCCAUUUUAUUUCCCCAUUAUAUUUUGGUGACCAGUAUCCACAGGUUAUCCCAGCCAUACUUAGGGAAGCAGGGGUUCUUGAAAAAUACUACUUUCCCCACCUUGCCCCCGAAUACCCAGAGUUAUUUUGACUUUCCCCUAUCAUCUCAAACCCGGUGGAGUUUCAGCAUUUCAGAAUCAAUAUUGCUAAGCUCCUGCUAUAGGGAUGUCUUCAGAUGUCUGAUAGUAAAAGAGGAAAAGUCAAGCUGGAAAAAAGAGGUGGUUUCUGGUCUUCACCUUUUGCUGUUACUGUUGUCAAGUUUUUUGGCUGGUGCUUGUAAAUUCCAGACCCCAUCCCUUCAAGAAACACCCCAUCAUCCACAUUUUGAUGUGUGGGCCUGGCAGCACUCACCAUAGAUGGAUACUCAAGCCAAUAUCAGAGCUCAGACAUUUGGUGAGCCAGCUGGAGAAGCUCUUUUCUGCAAGUCUUGUCAACGGCUGGCUCUUCCCAGGGCACUACUGCAUCCUGGCCUUUGGGAAGGCCAGUGCUUGCCCACCCUGCUGUACUCAGAAUGGUAGACUAGACAAAGCACUGGCUAGUGUCCAGUAGCAUCCAGCACUGCUUUGGCCCCCAGGGGCCGGACUCUGUGUGACCUAAUAGGUCUUUUCCAAGUCAAACUUGUAUAAUUCUGUAUUUCAUGUGUCAAUAUAUACAAUAUGCAAA